CUCAGGAAGGGGGUGGUGGUUAAAACCCAAAAAAGAAGAACCGGGACACGAGUAAUCAACAUCCCGCGGGCAUCUGACCACUCCAACGCACAGUGCUGUACAGGAUAUAGAUAGAGUGCAGCAUACAGAACUGACAGUGUGAGGAAUCUAGAGCUCCGAGAUUUUCCACACACCGGUAUGCUUUAAGCCGAAUACAUUUUAGUGGGAGAAACUAUGAAUAGGGAUAAAGUGCAGGUGGGCGACAUUUCCAUCGAACCGCCUGCAACUGGCAUCGCUGCACAAACAGCAGUGAUCGUGGUCGCGUCUCCGGAAAGCGUGGACAUGGAGGCGCAUGGAGAAAAGCGCAUCGCUUCCGGUGAGCUGGCUGUGUUUUCCUGCCCCGCUGCCAGAGAUGUGCUACAGGCGGAAAGCCGAGAAAACUCCGUGCGUCAAGAUGCACCUGCGCUUCCGCCCCCCAGCACCCCGCGGACCACCUCAUUCUCGGUGCUGGACAUUUUGGACCCAAAUAAGUUCACAAGCAAAAGGCAGUCAGUCACCCGGACAGGCUGUGACUCCGGCUGUGGCUUCGGUACAGAAAACAGAAGCGAAGAUUCAAAUCAUGCCGCAGAUCAGAAAUCAUAUCCAGAAGAGUACGACUGCAAGAAAUCGUCUGGACUGCUUAAGGAUGGCUUCGUGUUCAGAUCUUCAGAAUGUGAGAGUGAUUUUACGCGUGGGAAUCACACGGACAGCGAGAUGCAGGAUGAUCUGUGCAGUGACGAGAGCAGCGGUGCGCUCACUGGAAACGCCGAUGGAGAGGACGAGGACCCGGUCAUGAAAUGUCCGAGUCCUGGCAGCCAGCAGAGCCAGCAGUCUUCAUCAAAUGGACAGAACCAGCAAGGCAAGUCGAAGAGAAAGCGCUCCGGCUCGGACUCGAAGUCCGGAAAGCCGAGAAGAGCUCGGACUGCGUUCACAUACGAGCAGCUCGUGGCACUGGAGAACAAAUUCAAAUCGACGCGCUACCUGUCCGUGUGCGAGCGCCUCAAUCUGGCGCUGUCACUGAGUUUAACGGAGACUCAGGUAAAAAUCUGGUUUCAGAACCGCAGGACAAAGUGGAAGAAGCAGAACCCGGGAGCAGACACUAGCGCUCCGACGGGUGGUGGCGGUGGAGGACCGAACGGACCGAACGGCGGUUUGGGCGGCCUGAGUCCCCUCAGUCCGUCUCCACCCAUGGGCGGUCAUCUCUCAAUGCACGCCAACUAUCCGAGUCACACACCUGGAGGACUAGUGUGCACUACUCAGUUACCCUUCCUGCCUAGUCAUGCAGUACUGUCUCCGUUCAUGCUGAGCUCGCAGACGUACGGGGCGCCUGCUUUUUACACGCCGCACUUGUAAGAACACUAUUCUGUAAACACACUGAAAUCAAUGCGCAGAACUCACACACACCGAGCAACGCACUUUCCAUCCUGAAAACAGGGAGGAAUGAGUAUCAUUUUGAGGCACUUUUUGUUAGCUUAACUUCUUUACAGCAUUCGAUACGUGAACAAAGACAUGCUAAAAUGCUGAAAUAACUGUUGAUGUGCUCGAUGGCGUGUCGGACAUCAUGACGCACAAGAGACAAGUCCAAUUAUCCUCUUGUCUAAGUUGUUCAGUUUUAUUCCAGGUGUUAUUUCGUUACAUUUAUUUUGGUUUGGAAUCACUAAAAUGUGAGCAUUUUCGUGGCUCAGACUGUAAAUAUUAUCAUGAAUAUAUGUUAGGCAAUAAUUUUGAAUGCAAAAUUACGAAAAUAGUAAGGAAUCAGUGGGAAUAAAUAAGAUAUGUAUACAAACCAUAAACGAACAAUUUAUGAUAAUUAAAAUUACUGUGAAAAUUAUUCGUGAAAGGUUUAUCUAAAACUUUUUUUUAAUGUUUAGGGUUAUUUAUUUCAAAUUUACAUGCUAUUUCAUUGUUUGGUUUGAAAAGAAUUUAAA